AAAAACAUGAGGAUGCAGUUCACAGAAAAGAACCACAACAGCGCUGUCCUGCAAGCACUCAACAAGCAGAGAAAGAACAAGGAGUUCUGUGACGUGGCACUCAGUGUGGAUCAGCACGUCUUCUAUGCCCACCUUAGUGUGCUGGCAGCUGUGUCUACCCAUGUAAAAAAUUUAAUCUCAAGCAAUGACAUGAAGACAGGUGAUGAACUCUUUAUCAUCAUUGACUCAAACUUCCUGGGCCCAACUCUGGUGGAGCAGCUGCUGGACUAUUUCUAUACUGGCAAGGUAUUGGUGUCCGAGAAGAAUGUGGAGGAAUUGCUGAAAGGGGCUAAAUAUUUCAGUUCAGAGUCUCUAAGAGUCCACUGCUCUGACUACCUCCUCAGGUCCCUCAAAAACAGCAACUGUCUGUGCUACCUGUUCCUAGCAAACACUUAUGAGCUGAAAGAGGUGGCAAACAAUGCCUAUGCAGGUAUCCGUGACAAUUUCCAUUACUGGUCAGGCCCUGAGGGCAUUUCAGACCUCAUGCACUGCCCCCACCAGACCUUUGGCAAGCUCCUCAAGGAUGAGGGCCUUCAUGUGCAAAAUGAGGACCAGGCUUUUCUUGCCCUGCUUCAGUGGGUGAAACACAAAAGAGGAGAGAGAGAGAAAUAUUUCAAAAAAUUCUUCCCCUAUAUCCAUUUAACUGGUGUCUCAACCAAGACGCUAAUGGCUGCCAGCCAUGAAGUGCCACUGUUUGAGAGUCACUCUGAGUCCCUGGGUCAUAUAGAGACCAUUUUGAGAGACAGAAAGCAAGAAAGUCCUCAAAGCCUGCUACUUCUCCAAAGAAAGGGGGCCUUAAUGGAUUCAGUCGUGAUUUUAGGAGGCCAGAAAGAGCAUGGGAGAUUCAAUGAUGGGGUUUUUGCUUACGUUAUUGAGGAGAACAUAUGGCUGAAACUAACAGAGAUGCCAUAUAAAGCAGCUGCCCUUAGUGCAACUUCAGUAGGGAGGUACAUAUAUGUGUCUGGAGGGACAACAGAGCAGAUCUCUGGCUUAAAGACUGCAUGGAGGUAUGAUAUGGAUAAUAACUCCUGGACUAAACUGCCUGAUCUCCCCGUAGGCCUUGUCUUCCAUACCAUGGUGACCUGUGGAGGAGUGGUGUACUCAGUGGGAGGCAGCUCUGCCCCAAGAAAAUACAUCUCUAGCAUUUACAAGUAUGAUGAGAAGAAAGAGAAAUGGACCCUGGCUGGGAAAAUGAGCAUUCCAAUGGAUGCAACUGCAUUGAUCACAAAGGGAGAGAAGUUGAUUUAUAUUGUGACAGGGAGAUGCCUGGUAAAUGGGCGUUUCUCCCGAGUCGGGAUGGUGGAUUGCUUUGACACUCAGACAGGGGAAGUGGUGCAGUACCUCACCUUCCCCAUCGAAUUCAAUCACAAACCACUCUUGUCUUUUCAACAUGAAAACAUCCUAAGUAUACAGAGCCAUAAACAGAGUUUGGAUAUCAACUUGCGGAAAAUUAAAGCCAACAAAGCCACAAAUACUGUCCCACUGUUGCCAAACAACUAUGCCUUAGAUUUAUCUCAUGCAGUGUGUUCUGUUGGUGACAACAAAGUAUUUGUGUGCGGGGGCCUCAUUUGCACAGGUGACAAACGUCCUGAAGAUUAUUCUGUCAAUCCAAAUGCCUACCUUUUAGAUCAGAUAACAGGGGAAUGGAAAAUUCUGGCUGAUCCUCCAGAAGCUCUGGAUUGCCCCGCUUGUUGUACAGUGAAACUGCCUUGCAAGAUUCUUCGAAAAAAUAUAGUCAACUAA